AACAAAACUGCAGUUUUAAAGUUAUUAUUGUCCAAUUAGAUUGUGCAAUUUUUGGAAUCGCACAUUUAAUGAUACUUUUACCUUAAAUCUUCUUAGAUUGUAUCAAAAGUCUAAGAAGGUAUAUAAUUAAGCCCCAAGGAAAGUAUAAAUCAGUUCCUCUUUCACUUCCAUUAACAUCUCUCCAUCAUGAAUAUCAGUGCGAUAGUUACUGGCCUUAUGUGCCUUUUGGCUCUGAGCGAAGCUGCGAAAUUACCGUCUAUCUUUAAACGAUGUAAAUUCAGUGAUAAGGCUUGUUUGAAAGUUGCCAUAGAAGAUGGGAUCAGAAAACUGGAAAAAGGCUUGCCGUCAUUUGGGUUGAUACCUCUGGAUCCUUUGGUGAUUCCAGAAAUGUCCAUUGCUGCGGGAUCGAUAGUCAAUGUACAACAGUACUACAAAAAUGUGACUAUCACAGGAACGAAAGACAUCACGUUGACAGAUGCUAACAUCGAUCUGGAGAAUGGAGAGAUGUUCAUUGACAUGUCUUAUCCUGGUUUCAAAUUGGAAGCUGAUUAUAGGAUGACAGGCAGAGUUUUGAUCCUACCAGUUGUUGGAGAAGGAAAAUGUGUUAUAAAAUUGGACCAACCAAAGCCAACCUUCAAGGCUUAUUUCAUAGUAGUCGAAAAAAAGGGCAAAAGAUACUUCAAAAUCACAGAUCAGGAAUACCAUGUGAAUGCUGCUUUCGCAAGUUAUCAUUUCGAGAACAUCUUCAAGGGCGAUGAAAGACUAGGAAAUGAGAUCAACAAGAUGCUGAACGACAACUGGAAAGAAAUCUACGAUGAGUUAGUUCCCAGUUACGAAGUUGCCAUCGGAUCUUGGUUGAGUAGUAUCGCCAACAGAUUUUUCUCAAAGGUGCCCAUAACUGAGAUCUUUUUACGUGAAUAUUAAAUAAUACAGAAGUUUUGAUGGAACUAUUACCACUGGGUGGAGAUUUGUGAUGACUUAUAUAAUAUGUGUUGCAUGAGUUUUUGUGGACAAUUUAUUUAUGUAUAAAAGUUGAUUAGGUAAUUAAAC